GCGCCGUCCUCUUUCUGCUGUAGAGACGUUUAUUGUGACUAACUGACACACGGUACUUCUCAUGUACAAGAUCUACUUGCGGAUGUCAUUUAACAGACAGAGAUUAGAGGAGCAGCUAUGACUUUAACAGCAGCAGCAAGUGGAUUUGUCAUCUUCCUUCUCUCUGUACAAGUGGUACAGGGACAGUAUGCCAUGGGAGUGACUUACACUUCUACUGAGAUGUGUGUGUUGAAUGGAUCAACAGUGGACAUACGCUGCACCUACAGAUACCCACCCAGAGAAAAUGGCCUUGAUACUACAGUUGAGAAAACAUUCUGGUUCACUAAAAUGAAAGGCGCUGAAUAUGUGGAUCUGAGAACAGACUCAGAGUAUGCAGGUCGUGUUCAAUAUCACUGUGAUAAGAACAACUGCACUCUGAGAAUCACAGACCUGAGAGAGAGCGACUCAGCUCAGUACAAGUUCAGGUUCAUAACAAACCAAUCAGGAGGGAGAUUUACUGGUUUACCUGGAGUCUCUUUGACUGUCACAGAUCUACAGGUGAGAAGAUCACAUUCACAUAAUUCAUAUAAAAAGCUGACGUGUCACAGCAGUUGUCUACCUCCUCGUACUUCCUACGUCUGGUACAAGAAUGGACAGAAAAUUCAGGCAGAAAGAUCUACUUAUUCAGGCAACUUUGAUUCUGCUGACAGCUAUUCCUGUGCUUUAAAAGGACAUGAGCAUUACCCGUCUCCCCCAGUGUGUGUCGAUGGUCAAUCCUGCAACAGAGUGAUUUACACUGACAGAAGCAUCUGUGCCUUCAGAGGCUCAUCAGUGGACAUUUCCUGCUCAUACAACAGUUAUGAAUCUAUCACAUCAAAAUUCUGGUUCAGUCCUGAACGUAGUCAUCAGUGGCAGAAUCCCUCACAGCCUGAGAACCUUAGUGAAGACUCCCAGUAUGCAGGUCAUGUUCAGCUCCUUGAAACAGAGGGAGGACGCUCCACUCUGAGAAUCUCUGACCUGAGAGAGAGCGAUUCAGCCCAGUAUCACUUCACAUUCAAAACACAAUGGUUUGAAUGGAGGAGUAGUUUACCUGGAACAACUCUGACUGUCACAGAUCCAAAUCUGCAAGUGCUGGUGAACAUAGCCUCUCAGUAUUCUACCUGGGCAGAGCUGAAGUGUCACAGCAGAUGUCGUCUACCUGAUCGUUCUUCCUUCAUCUGGUACAAGAAUGGACAGAAAAUUCAGGAUGAAACACCUUCUAUUUAUACCGUGUACCUUGACUCAUCAGACAGCUAUUCCUGCGCUGUAAAAGGAUUUGAGCAUCAUCCUGCUCCUUCAGUGUGUGUCUCUGGUCAAUCCUGCAACAGAGUGAUUUACACUGACAGAAGCAUCUGUGCCUCAAGAGGCUCAUCAGUGGACAUUUCCUGCUCAUAUAUCAGUUAUGAAUCUAUCACAUCAAAAUUCUGGUUCAGUCCUGAACAUAGUCAUCAGUGGCAGAAUCCCUCACAGCCUGAGGACCUUAGUGAAGACUCCCAGUAUGCAGGUCGUGUUCGGGUCCUUGAAACAGAGAAAGGACGCUCCACUCUGAGAAUCUCUGACCUGAGAGAGAGCGAUUCAGCCCAGUAUCACUUCACAUUCAAAACACAAAGCUUUGAAUGGGGGAGUAGUUUACCUGGAACAACUCUGACUGUCACAGAUCCAAAUCUGCAAGUGCUGGUGAACAGAGUCUAUCAGUAUUCUACCAGGGCAGAGCUGAAGUGUCACAGCAGAUGUCGUCUACCUGAACGUUCUUCCUUCAUCUGGUACAAGAAUGGACAGAAAAUUCAGGAUGAAACACCUUCUAUUUAUAACGUGUACCUUUACUCAUCAGACAGCUAUUCCUGCGCUGUAAAAGGAUUUGAGCAUCAUCCUGCUCCUUCAGUGUGUGUCCAUGGUCAGUCCUGCAACAGAGUGAUUUACACUGACAGAAGCAUCUGUGCGUUCAGAGGAUCAUCAGUGGACAUUUCCUGCACAUACAGUAGUUCCAGCACACACUAUGGAUCUAUCACAUCAAAAUUUUGGUUCAAUCCUGAGCGUAGUCAUCAGUGGCAGAAUCCCUCACAGCCUGAGAACCUUAGUGAAGACUCCCAGUAUGCAGAUCGUGUUCAGCUCCUUGAAACAGAGAGAGGACGCUCCACUCUGAGAAUCUCUGACCUGAGAGAGAGCGAUUCAGCCCAGUAUCACUUCACAUUCAAAACACAAAGAUUUGAAUGGAAGAGUAGUUUACCUGGAACAACUCUGACUGUCACAGCUCUCCAGGUGCAGGGCAGUUUAAUCCUGGUGACAACGUCUCCUGUGCUUUAAAAGGACAUGAAGAUUACCGCUCUCCUUCAGUGUAUGCACCAAUGCCUCCCUCUGUGUCAGUGAAUCCCUCUGAUGAUAUCAUUGAGGGCAGUUCAGUGACUCUGACCUGUAGCAGUGAUACUAACCCAGCAGGUAAUUACACCUGGUACAAGAAGAAUGUAAAUCGAGACCUUCAACCUCUCAGUAAAGAA